CGGAUCAAACCCCUCAUCAAUCCGUUUCGAAAAGCCCAUACGAUAUCAAGGCGAUGCAUCGCCAUUGGUCGCCUCCAUAAAAGUGAUGGGGUCAUAUCAUCGAAUGGGUGCCGGCGGACGAGGACCGGAUAUGGCGGCGGUGCCGGUAUCGCUGGACGCUCUCGCCUCCGGCGACUGUGCCAAGCUCGGCAGUGGGGUCUGUUUGAUGAACCCAACCUGGAGAGACGAGCGGCAUCCCUCCUUCAUCCGUUUCAUUGCUUCAUUCCUAAGUGCAAACUCAUACCGUCUUAAUUUCCUACCGAUAUCCCCUGACUUCAUAUUCAACAAUGGCGGAUUGUCAGUAGCAUUCAUUUUCGAAACAACUUGGGAUCCUGAUAAGGCUUCCGUCGUCUUUUCCAGAGUUGAAAGGCUGAAGGCUCAAUUCAGGCUUUUAUAUGUCGUCAUUGGUGUCCCAACGAGAGAGCAAAAUGAUUCUUUUAAUCAUUUAUACUUCAAGUAUGGCGUAGAACUUGGUAGACCGACCUUUGUGCCGGUUCGCGAUCCAGAGAUGGGGUUUGAGAAGAUUGUGAAGAUAGCACAUGCUCGUGGAGUAUGUAAACGACAAGACGCGGUUGGUACAAUGAGGAGCGAGCGUGAGAGAGCUGUGCAAGGAAUGGAUAUGUUCCUUAGAGUGGUCACCUCCAUCCCUGGCAUCGACGAUCAUGAUGCAAAUGCGUCACUCUUUGGCUUGUUUAGCUCGUGCAAUCUAUCGGCUCUAUCGAAGCAAUAUCCAAAGCAUCCAAGAGCUUUAUUUUGGAGACAACUGACCUUUCGGUCGAGAAAGCCCGAAGAAUCGUUAGGUUUUUCAGAGAUCCAAAGAACUAUCUCAGUCCAAAACUCGACUAAGUUGCAAAGCUCAUGUUCUCUUGGGACCAAAAAAAAAUAUCAAGAAACAAAACAAGUUGUAGAUCAAUACCGUAAUGGAAAUAUUUUGAAAGACGUUACGAAAACUUUUGGUCUUCGUCCUUUUUUUAUCCUUUUGGUAUCAGAUCGACUGACUAAUCAAAUUUAGUGUCAUUAGUGUUGGGAGUAGGAAAUGUGGAGUGUUGGUUGCUUUGGAAGAAAAUUCUCAGGACUCGAAAAGUAAUCUAGUGCAGAAUGCACGUG